GCCUGGUCAACUUUCUAGCGGGAGAGCGACCAUGGAGGUGGUGCCAGCCGAGGUGAAUAGUUUGCUUCCAGAGGAGAUAAUGGACACUGGUAUUACGUUAGUGGAUGAUGAUAGUAUUGAGGCUGUUAUUGUUUCAUCCCCAAUUCCCAUGGAGACAGAACUGGAAGAAAUUGUCAACAUAAACUCUACUGGUGACUCUGCAGCCACGCCCAUUUCCACGGAACCAAUCACAGUGUACAGUAACCACACUAACCAAGUUGCAGUGAACACCACAGUCACUAAAGCAGAUUCUAAUACCACAGUGAAACCAGCUUUUCCAAGUGGCCUUCAAAAACUUGGUGCUCAGACUCCUGUGACUAUAUCAGCCAAUCAGAUUAUUUUAAACAAAGUAUCACAGACAUCUGAUCUUAAACUUGGCAAUCAGACCCUUAAACCAGAUGGACAGAAGUUAAUUUUAACAACUUUGGGCAAGUCUGGUUCACCAAUUGUUUUAGCACUACCCCAUAGCCAACUACCCCAGGCUCAGAAAGUUACAGCCCAGACCCAGUCAGGAGAUGCUAAGUUACCACCGCAGCAAAUUAAAGUAGUUACCGUUGGAGGGAGGCCAGAGGUGAAACCUGUCAUUGGUGUCUCAGCACUGACCCCAGGAAGUCAACUGAUUAAUCCUACAGCUCAGCCCUCUGUGUUACAGACCCAACAGUUAAAAACAGUACAGGCGGUGAAGUCGACUGUGCAGACCAUCACUGUGGGAGGCGUGAGCACAUCACAGUUUAAGACCAUUAUUCCUCUGGCCACUGCGCCCAAUGUGCAGCAGAUCCAAGUGCCUGGAAGCAAGUUUCACUAUGUCCGACUUGUUACUGCCACCACAGCCAGCAGCUCAACUCAGCCCGUUAGUCAGAAUCCCACAACAAACACUCAGCCUCUUCAGCAAGCAAAGCCAGUGGUGGUUAAUACAACCCCUGUGCGGAUGUCAGUUCCGAUUGUCUCCGCUCAGGCUGUGAAACAAGUCGUUCCAAAACCAAUCAACCCAACUUCACAAAUCGUGACAACCAGCCAGCCCCAGCAGCGGCUCAUCAUGCCCGCCACGCCCCUGCCACAGAUCCAGCCCAACCUCACUAACCUGCCACCAGGCACUGUCCUGGCCCCAGCUCCGGGAGCGGGGAAUGUGGGCUACGCGGUGCUUCCCGCUCAGUAUGUGACUCAGCUCCAGCAGUCUUCGUAUGUGUCGAUCGCCAGCAGCUCAAACUUUACGGGGACGUCCAGCAUCCAGACCCAGGCAAGGCUGCCCUUCAACGGCAUAAUCCCAUCAGAGUCUGCCAGUCGCCCCAGAAAGCCCUGUAAUUGCACAAAAUCGCUGUGUUUGAAAUUAUAUUGUGAUUGCUUUGCAAAUGGUGAAUUUUGCAACAACUGCAAUUGUACUAAUUGUUAUAACAAUUUGGAACAUGAAAAUGAAAGGCAAAAAGCAAUAAAGGCGUGCCUCGACCGGAAUCCAGAAGCCUUUAAGCCCAAGAUAGGCAAGGGGAAGGAGGGCGAGUCCGACCGGCGCCACAGCAAGGGCUGCAACUGUAAGCGCUCUGGGUGUCUGAAGAACUACUGCGAGUGCUAUGAGGCGAAAAUAAUGUGUUCCUCAAUAUGCAAAUGUAUUGGUUGUAAGAAUUUUGAAGAAAGCCCAGAAAGAAAAACCCUGAUGCACUUGGCAGAUGCAGCAGAAGUCAGGGUCCAGCAGCAGACGGCGGCCAAGACCAAACUGUCCUCGCAGAUCUCCGACCUGCUCACGCGGCCAGCUCCUGCGCUCAGCAGCGGAGGAGGAAAGUUGCCCUUCACCUUUGUAACAAAAGAAGUUGCUGAAGCCACAUGUAACUGCCUCUUGGCCCAGGCCGAGCAGGCUGACAAGAAGGGCAAGUCUAAGGCAGCGGCCGAGAGGAUGAUACUUGAGGAGUUCGGGCGGUGUCUGAUGAGUGUCAUCAACUCCGCGGGAAAAGCAAAGAGUGACCCUUGUGCCAUGAAUUGCUGACUCUUCCCAGAGACUGACAGUGGAACUGGACAGAAAACUGAAAGUGCAGGGACACGUGAUGUUCUCAAAGAUGGUUGAACAAUUACUGUAUUUUAAUUCAAGAGACCUGGAAUUAUAAUAUUGAAAGAGAAGAGAUUUUUAAAUGAGGAAAUUAGUACAUUUUAAAUCUUAGUUAAGUCUGCUUAUGCCCUUUCUAAAUUGAAUUUUUCUUUAUUGUAUUAUAUAGAGUUUUAAUUUGUUAGGUUUCUUAAGAAUUAGAUUUCCUGUCCUCCUGAUUCUAUUGACAAAGAACAUUUAUAAAUUGCUGUAAUUUAUAAUGUAUGGUGUUGUAUGACUUUGUUCAGUAGAAAAAGCCAAAGCCACAGAAGUUGUCACCUAGUCACUCCUUGGGCCUAGACCCAGGGCAUAAGCAGAGAGAAUGUUAGGUGAACAGAUCCCCAUGGAACACAUUCAAAUGGCACUUUGUGUUUAGAAAAGCAGUCUCUGCUAAAGAAAAGUCAGCUAUAUCAGGCGGAUUCUGGAAUAGUAUCCUGCUGUCACUUUGGGAAUGUUAGCAGGGGAAGCAAAAUACCCAGGCACACUUUUAAAAUAAAAAGUUUUUUAAAAAUCAUCAAAUACGGGACAGUAAAUAAUUCUCAGCAGAGGGCAGCAGUGUGUUUCUCUUAGGAAUAGCUGACAAAUGUUCGGGGUCAUCUGCAUUUUCUUCCAAAGAGGUGGCAUGCAUUGCAAAUGAUACUGAGUUGUCAAAGCGAUUACUGGGCGCUGUUGAAGUGAGAGGUGCAUGUAGACAGAAGUAAACCUGAUGAUGAUGUCAGGGUGACAUGGAACCUUGUGUAAUGAUCAAGUGUAAAGUUUGCCUGGGGGGGAAGUAGAGAAUAUUAAAGCUGUAAGAGAUGAGUUUAGAGGAGUUUUCAUCUAUACAAACAGUUCUCUUUGUAGACUUUUGAAUUAAGAGGUUUCAAACCAGUAUGUGACUCUUCCUUGAUUUACCGAAAUGGUUCUCCUAACAAAGCUUUCAUAAUUGUAGCAGGUUUUUUUUUUUUAUCAAGGAAAUUAGCUGUGGCAUUAUUUUUAACCAGUGAUUUGGUAAGCUGAAGGUAUGAGUGUUUUCCUAUGAUUACUAAAAUAACCUAAAUCAUUUUCAGUAAUUAAAAAAACUAUGAAUUUAAGAGCCUGUUUGUAAUAGGACUCUUGAUUUUAUGACAAGAGGAAACCAUGUUGGAAUUCAGGCAUUUUGUUAGGUUCCUUAGUCCUCAAUAAUUAUUGGUCUGUGAUGAUUACGCUUCCUACAAGGACCCUAUAGCUGUAUGUAUUAAGUGUGUAUAUAUGUUCAUACGAACAUGCAAGAUGUAGGCAACAGAAAUCCAGCAGAGGAUUCCGUUACUCAUGAAAGGAUCUUCCUUUUGAAAUUUGGAUUUAUAGAAUUAUAGUGCAGUAACUUUAAAUGUAGAUAAUGCAUUCUUAGCGCCUCAAUCUAGUAUGUUUAAUUAAAAUUUGUAUAAAUGUAAAUUAGUGUAAGAGGAUAAAAUAAAUAUCUAAUCAAGUUAUUUUUCAAAAGAUUGCAAUAAGUUUUUGGUCUAAACCUAAACUUUGUUCAUUUUGUACAUAUUCUGUGUUAAUUCUAAUUGCACCUUUGUGAUGUGUAUUUAUAUACAGUGUGCAGAAAAUGUUUGUGAAAUAUUGAUUACAACUGUAGAUUAUGUAUGAUGGCAUUUCUUAAGAAUGUUUUGCUUGUAAAAAUGUCAGGGUGCAAUCAAAUGCGACUAGUUUUUCUGAUUUUUGAGAAGUAUCUAAAACAUGGAGCCUUCCCAGGCCGUGUAGUACUGACUAACCAACAUUUUGUAUUUAGGUAUUUGCAUCAAGUUGCUGAACAAGAUGAAUAGUCACAUUAAUUCAACGAUUCUAAAAGACUGUUUGGGGAGGGUUGGGUAUAUAAUUUUUUAGCUCUAUUUACAUCCCGAAGUAGAAAGAUUAAAUUUAUAUUUACUAGAGCUAUUCAAAGAAUACACUUUUCUAUAUUGUAAAAACAGGACAGCAAAGUAAAUCAUACAGAAAAUAAACAUUUAUACUAUUCUGUAAAAUAAAGGUUUUGCAUCUUUUCUUUAGUUUAAUACUACCACUUCUAACCAUUUAACAUACAAGAAACCUUUUAAAUGAUCUAAUUUCCAAGUAAAUUUGAUAUUACUUCUAUAAAUACACAACUAAAAAAAAAUCUAUCAUUUUGCCCAAUUAACAUGAAUUACUUUGAAAUGAGAA